GCUGUGCUAUGCUAUGCUUGGCCGCACCGACCGCACUAACCAUGCCCAUUUAACUCCACCGGCCACUGCAGCUAGCCUUCUCGUCUCCAAGAAGCAGAGCACCCGCAGCCAGCACCAUGGCGAGUCGGGCUGCCGUGUCCGCGGCCCUGGCGCUGCUGGUGGCGUCGGCGUCCGCGUGGCUGCACGAAGAGUUCACCACGGAGGGCAACGUGCGCGCGGGCUACGACGCGCGGGGGCAGCAGGUGGCGUCGAUCGUCCUCGACCGGCAGUCCGGCGGCGCCUUCCGCUCCCGGCGCCGCUACCUCUACGGCCAGUUCAGCGUCCAGAUCAAGCUCGUCCCCGGCAACUCCGCCGGCACCGUCGCCUCCUUCUACCUGUCGUCGGGCGAGGGGCCGGGGCACGACGAGAUCGACAUGGAGUUCAUGGGCAACACGACGGGCCAGCCGGUGGCGCUCAACACCAACGUGUGGGCCAACGGCGACGGCAAGAAGGAGCAGCAGUUCUACCUCUGGUUCGACCCGGCCGCCGACUACCACACCUACACCAUCAUCUGGAACGCCAAGAACGUCAUCUUCAAGGUGGACGGCCUCUUCGUCCGCUGCUUCACCCGCCACGCCGACCUGCCCUACCCGGGCGCCAAGCCCAUGGCGGUGCACGCCACGCUCUGGGACGGCAGCUACUGGGCGACGCAGCGGGGCAAGGUGAAGGUGGACUGGGCCGCCGCGCCCUUCGUCGCCUCCUACCGCGGCUACUCCGCGGACGCCUGCGUGCCCGCCGGCGCCGGCCGCCCGCUCGCCUGCCCCGCCGACACCGGCCGCUGGAUGCGGCGCCGGCCCAGCGCCGCAGAGCGGGGCACCCUCGCUUGGGCUAAGAAGAAUUACAUGCGCUACAACUACUGCGACGACGGCUGGCGGUUCCCCAAGGGGUUCCCCGCCGAGUGCUCCCGUGGCUGAUUCUCUUACUGGUUCUUGCUCGACACCGACCUCUUGUCGAUCAUCGGUGGACAUACAUGACAUACGUUGGUUGCCUCUGUAUGCCAUUAAUUCUUGCCUCCAUGCAUGUACAUUUUGGCAUCCAUUGAGCCAAACUGUUCUUGAUCUCGCUCUCUGCCUUUUCACUGUUACAUAGUGGUUGUUACCGAGACGGAUUAAAGAUAAUAAAGGUGAACUCUUCAAGUAAAA